AUGGCAAGACAAGAUCCCAAUCCUUUUGCUGAUGAAGAAACCAAUCCUUUUGCGGAUAAUACAAAUGUUCCUCCUGCAAGCAACUCCUCCUAUCUCAAGCCUCUUCCACCUGAACCUCAUGAUCGUGGUGCAACCGUAGAUAUCCCUUUGGAUUCUGACAAGGUAAACCAUAUCUUCAUUACCUUCUACCAUGUUUCCUUUCAGAAUCUCAUUUUUAGCUGUUUCUGUUUGAAGGAUCUUCGAGCUAAAGAGAUGGAACUUCAGGCUAAGGAGAAGGAAUUGAACCGGAAAGAGCAGGAGCUGAAAAGAAGAGAAGAUGCAAUAGCAAAAACUGGAGUUGUCAUCGAGGAGAAGAACUGGCCAGACUUUUUCCCUCUAAUUCAUCAUGACAUUCCUAAUGAGAUUCCCAUUCAUUUACAGAAGAUCCAAUACGUCGCAUUCACCACGUUUUUAGGAUUAAUAGGAUGUCUCUUGUGGAAUAUUGUGGCAGUAACUGUAGCUUGGAUCAAAGGAGGAGGUCCAACUAUAUGGCUUAUGUCAAUCAUUUACUUCAUUUCUGGGGUCCCUGGGGCUUACGUCCUAUGGUAUCGUCCUCUUUACCGAGCUUCCAGAACUGAUAGUGCCCUGAAGUUUGGAACUUUCUUCGUGUUUUACGUGUUUCACAUUGCAUUCUGCGGCUUUGCUGCAGUUGCUCCACCAGUUAUCUUUCAAGGAAAGUCUCUCACAGGUUUCUUGCCAGCACUUGAGCUUCUAACUACUAAUUCUGCGGUCGGAAUAUUGUACUUCAUUGGAGCGGGGUUCUUCUGCAUAGAAACACUUCUCAACAUAUGGGUGAUUCAGCAAGUAUAUGCAUACUUCCGAGGGAGUGGGAAAGCUGCACAGAUGAAGCGUGAAGCUGCAACAUCGACCUUGAUGCGUGCACUAUGA